AUGGACCCCACUAACCCAUCCACCCCUCCACUCGAAAUCGCUAUUAUCGGCUGCGGUAUCAUCGGCACCGUCCUCGCCCUCGGUCUCUUAAACAACAGCCCCUCCCCAUCGGCCAUCCGCGUCCGAAUCUACGAGCAAGCAGCCUCUAUCCGCGAAAUCGGCGCCGGCAUCGCAUUCACCGCUAACGCGCGGAAAUGUAUGUACAUGAUCGACUCGCGGCUGCCGGAGUGCGUGCGGGCCGUGGCUACUCCAAACGGGGACCCGGAUAAUCCGACAAACUAUAUGCAGUUUGUCGAUGGAUAUACGCAUGGCCCUGAGGAUACGGAGGUCGGGCAGGAGUUGGAGGGGAGGACGGUGUAUAAGCUACAUACCGCGGAGAGGGGGUUCGAGGGGUGUCAUCGGGCGCAGUUUCUGGAGCAGGUUAUGAAGUUGAUGCCUGGGGGUGUGGUGCAGUUGAGGAAGCGGUUGGUUGGGUUAGAGGAGGAUGGGGAAGGAGUUAGGGUUAAGAUGAGGUUUGAGGAUGGGAGUGUAGAGGGUGCGGAUGCUGUAAUCGGCUGCGACGGUAUCAAGUCCCUCGUCCGCCAACAUCUCCUCGGCGCAGCCAACCCAAGCGCCUUCCCACACUACACCCAUAAGAUCGCCUACCGCGGUCUCGUACCGAUGCCUCAAGCCAUUGACAAACUUGGUCUCUAUCGCGCCACGAACCAACACAUGUACGGCGGCCCGUCAGGCCACCUCCUCCAUUUCCCCGUGAUGCAACAGAAACUGAUGAACGUGGUUGCAUUCGUGAACGACCCCGAUGGCUGGCCAUUGCAGAAGCCCAUGUCUCAGCCCGCCACGCGCGACGAGGCCGGCAUCGCGUUCCAGGAGUGGGGUCCGACUGUGCGCGCGAUCAUCGAGCUGUUACCCGAUCAGAUGGAUAAGUGGGCUGUGUUUGAUCAUUUGGCAUAUCCCGCCAGGGAAGGGUAUAGUAAAGGGAGGAUUUGUUUGGCAGGGGAUGCGGCGCAUGCGUCGUCACCGCAUCAUGGAGCUGGAGCUGGGAUUGGGAUUGAGGAUGCGCUGGCGUUGACGACGUUGCUCGGACUUGUACAGAGGGAUUUGCUGGAGAGAGGAGAUAUCGGGAAGGGUGUCUUGCUGGAGAAGGCGUUCCAGGCGUUUACUAAGGUCAGAUAUGAGCGGUCUAUGUGGCUGGUUCAGAGUAGUCGCGAGGCGUGUGAGAUCUAUGAGUGGAACCAUCCUGAGUUUGGCAGCAAUAUGGCUAAAGCGCAUGAGGAUAUUCGACGCAGGUCGGACAAAAUUUGGUAUUUUGAUAUUGAGGGCAUGCUGCGGGAAUUGGAGGAGGAGUAUCUCAGGUAG